AAGCAUUUAAAGGAAAGGGUACUAAAUUGAUAAGAUGGACAUCAAUCUAAAGCUUAUAUUCUAAAGUAAACUCCACCAGGGAGGUACUUACUUAGGCUUGGCUUAAGUUAUAUAAACCAAUUAAUAUUGUGGGUACUUUUGGGGGAAAAUUACUGCAAAAAAAAAAACAAUGGGUGACACUACACACUUUGGACCGAGGAAUAAAACCCACACUUGGACGACAAGUCAUUCAAAAUACCAUUUUCCAAAGAGAUAGCAACCUCUGAAGACACCAAUACUACAGUAAACAUCAAGAAAAGACACCGAACUGUCAAACUAACUAAUGUCGAUGCAAAAUGAAGCAAGAUGAUACUGUUUUGUUCCGAGAAUUUUAGAUCCCGAGGUCAUCCAAACAUCAACGCAUUUUUGUUUUUUUCUUGCUGGAGCUCAUGAUUUUUCUUCGGUUCACGAAAUGCUACCCCAUACAAGUUUCACCGGAAAAUACAUAUAAAUCUUGUUCUGUUUAAAUUCAUCGAAUUUAAUUUCUUACAGCUUAUGUAUUCAUAUUGAUUAUAGUUCAAUAGUUGGGAUUUAGAUUGAUUCAUCUGUUCUUAAUACAAACCUUAAUAUAAUCUCCACUUAAUAUCUAUACGACCGUUUAACCCCGUGUUCAGUUCAUUUAUAAUACAGCAACAACAUGUCUUCAAUAUUAACAAAUCCACUUUAUCGUCCUUUACUUGAUGUUCUAAGGUCAUCCCGUAAUGGUAUAGUCUAUGGUGGUAAAAUCAGAUUCCUGCAUGCAUUAGUGAUCAACCUCCUUUACCGAUCCGGACCAUUAACCCCUAGGCUUAAAUCGGUUUUGGAAGCCACUAAGAAUCAUGCUGAAGUUUUGGCAUCCUUUGCAAUUAUCUACAAAGCUGCAGUGAUAAUAUUGAAAAGUGAGGCAUUUUUAGGACCCAAGAAUAUGCGAUUAAUCAAGUUUCUCGCUGGUGGGUUUGGAUCAUGGAUUGUUUAUUCUCAACAUUUUAAAUUUUUUCAUGGAGGUAUAACCCAUCAGAUCACAUUAUACUGUUUCAGUAGAGUCCUUAUAGCUGUGGGAAAGAUCUUAUUGGAUCAAUAUUUGGCAUGUUUCCAACCAAGUUUUAGAAAUUAUCAAGGUGAUUUGAUAAAGUAUAGAGAUUUGAAUAAUAAUCAACAAAAGAAAUUAAAGGGUUUAAUUUAUGAUAAACUGUGGAAAUAUUUUGCGGUCUUAACAUGGGCAUUAGUUAUGUUUAUAUAUGAUUAUCAACCACAAUAUUUGCAAAGCUCAUUGAGACAUAGUAUGGCAUAUAUCUAUGAUGUUGAGAUGGAUAGUUGGAGCACUUGGAGAGAGUUCUUGGGGUUUUAAAGAAGAAGAAGAAGAAGAAGAACGUACUAUAUAGUGUUUAAGUUGUGAGAGGGGAAAUUCAGUAGAUGUUUAAAUACACACUUGCUUAACUAUAAUAA